CCCCGCGCGCGCGGGAGGGCGGAGGAGGCGGUCAUGGCGGCCGUGUCGCCGUCGCUCGUGGCCGCCGUGCUGGCGCACUCGGGCCGGCUGGAGAAGGAGGACCUGGGCGCCCGCCUCGCCCGCCUCUCGCGCCGCGUCGACGAACUCAAGGGCGAGGUGUGCACCAUGAUCCAGAAGAAGUACAGCGAGUUCCUGCCCAGCCUGCAGAGCGCGGAGGAGCUGGCGGCCCAGGUGGACCGGCUGUGCGGCAGCAUCGACCUGCUCCGGGCCCAGAUCGAGAACGAGGUCCAGCGAGAUCUGAACGUCGCCAUUGCAGAAUUCACUGAAUUGAAGCAGCAGUUGGAGCGCGACACACUGAUUCUGAGUGUGCUGAAAAAGCUUCAAGAGUUUGAUACUGCUAUUAAAGACUAUAACGCCGCGCUGCAGGAAAAGAAGUAUGUUGUUGCAGCUCAGCAGUUGGAAAAGGCACAGAGUAGUCUGAAGCUGCUGGAAUCUCGCAAAGGCUUUGAGCUGAAGAUCCUGAAAGCACUAGGCAUGGAGCUCACGGUGCAGACCCAGAACAUGCUCUAUCAGCUGGGAGAGGAAUGGCAGAAAAUGGUGGUGUGGAAGCUUCCUCCUUCAAAAGAGCUCAGCAGUCUGGAGUCGGCGAGGCAGACAGAGCUGCACUUGUGCACAAAGCUGCUGAAGGAGGAGGAAAUUGCUGAUUCACCUGUCACUUCUGUGCUCCGGGCUUUUGCCAUCCUAGGAGAAUUGCACACCAAGAUUAAACUGUUUGGCCAGUUAUUGCUGAAAUGCAUCCUCAAGCCACUGAUUUCUCACCCAUCCCUUCAGCCCUCGGUUACGGAGCAGCCCGAGGCGGUCGUCUUGCGGUUUGAGACUAUAGAGCCUAAUUCAGAGCCGUCGUCUCCAGUAGAGGUGUUUGACAAGAUCAGGCUGGUUCUCGAAGUCCUCCACAUACAGCUGCUGAAUGUGCCUGUGGAUGAGUGCGUGGAAGGGGAGAAGGAUGGCCGCACUGUAUUAGCACAGGUGCUAGGUGACAUGAUCUGGGGAGAGCUGUCGGACUGCCUCAUCCAGGACUGCCUGGUAUAUUCGAUUCCCACAAACAGCAACAAACUGGAGCAGUACGUGGAGGUGAUUAAAUCCACGGAGGAAUUUGAAAAGGCCCUGAAGAGCAUGUGCUUUCUGAAAGGAGAUGCCACAGACUUGCUGAAAUAUGCCAGGAACGUCAACGCCCACUUUGCGAACAAGAAGUGCCAGGACGUGAUAGUGGCGGCCAGGAACCUCAUGACAUCAGAAAUCCACAACACUGUCAAGAUAACACCUGAGUCCUCAGUAGCAUUGCCGAAACUGCCUGACCCCACUGCGGGGGAUCACGUGAAAAUGCAAAAAGCCUCAAAAACUCUGCGCAACGAGAUGGUGAACUUAGAGAAUGAGACCAAGCUGAGCCAGCACACGUUCUCUCUGCCUGCCUGCCGCAUCAGCGUGUCAGUGGAGAGACUGAUGGAGCUGGCUUAUCAGACGCUGUCAGAAGCGACAGCCAGCACAGAUCAGUGUUGUAUACAGCUCUUCUAUGCGGUGCGAAACAUCUUCCAGUUGUUCUACGAUGUCGUGCCAACCUACCACAAAGAAAACCUGCAGAAGCUGCCACAACUCGCUGCCAUUCACCACAACAAUUGCAUGUACAUUGCUCACCACCUGCUGACCCUGGGCCAUCAGUUUCGAUAUCGCCUUACCAGCAUGCUGUGCGAUGGAGCAGCAACAUUUGUGGAUCUGGUCCCUGGUUUUCGGAGGCUUGGGAUUGAGUGCUUUCUGGCCCAGAUGCGGGCCCAGAAGGGGGAGCUCCUGGAGAGAUUGUCCAGCGCAAGGAAUUUUUCCAAUGUGGACGAUGAGGAAAACUAUGCUGCAGCCAACAAAGCCAUAAGGCAGGUGUUGCACCAGCUGAGGAGACUGGGCAAAGUCUGGCAGGACGUGUUGCCAGCGACUGUGUACUGCAAAGCCAUGGGGACAUUGCUGAACACGGCCCUCGUGGAGAUCAUCAGUCGAGUCACAGCUUUAGAGGACAUCUCGGCAGAGGAUGCAGACCGGCUGCACUCCCUCUGCAGGACCGUGGCAGAGGAGGGGCCACGGGUGUUUGCCCCGCUCCCCGAGGAGAGCGAGAACCGGAAAUACCAGGAGGAGGUGCCUGUCUAUGUGCACCGCUGGAUGACAUUCAAGCAGCUGAUGCUCAUACUGCAGGCCAAUCUCCAGGAGAUUGUAGAUCAGUGGGCGGACGGCAAAGGGCCCCUGGCAGCGGAGUUCUCCCCCGCGGAGGUGAAGAGCCUGAUCCGAGCCCUGUUCCAGAACACGGAGAGGAGAGCAGCCGCUCUCGCCAAGAUCAGAUAAGCGCACCUGCCCCAUGCCAUGCCCAGGUCCUGCUGCAGGCCUGGGAACUGGCCGUUCUGAACAAAGCCUGGACCCUAACUGGUUUUCUAGGACUGCCUAAUUUCAGCAGUACACAAGUGCUCCUUGGAGGUCGGUGGCAGGGGAAACCCAGCCAGAGCCUGGCACACGUCUACGUGCAGCGGAGGAAGGAGGCAGGACUUCAGGCAACCUAAGGGGACGGCGUGUUGGGACUUUCAGUUCCUGCUGUAUCCAUUGGCCAGAUCUGCAGCGAGGGGGUCCUUGUCGUAGGGCUGAGCUUUGCACCUGUGGGGCAGGGGUCUGCAGCAGUAUGGGUUCCUGACUACCCUCCUUUUGACUGCUCCUUCUCACCAUUGCCACUGAGGGACAGGGACAGAUCUCUAUCUCCAGGCUCCUGUUUGGGGGACAGUGCUUGCUGCUGCACAGGAUGGUGCUGUCAGAAAGGCAGUGCUGUGUGGGGGCAUUUUUUGCUAUGCUGGUGGGGCAGCUGCAUACUGCAGGGUGAUGUGUCUGACUCCAAGGGCUCGCUAUCUAUGCCGCUUUGUCAGUGAAAGAGUGUGAGAAUUGGGCCCCCCCUGUUGUCCCUCGCCAUCCCGCUCUUCAUGCUCCAAGCCCUGGCAGUGGUGAGCAUCUUGGCACGGGUGGUCAGGUGCCUGGCAUCACUCUGGAGUGGGUGUGUUUGUUAGCAGGAAGCCUGGCAAGGUAGUGGGCUGUGAGUGUUGUGUGUGCUGGAAUGAACUGUUCAGCAGCGGUGGUUGUGAGUGCAGUGGGCAGGGGCUUUUCUGGCUGGUGUCGGGAGUGGGAUCUUUCUGUCUCCCAGGGUGAGUGGCCUUAGAUCACCUGUGCAGUGUGUAGUCAUUUUUUGCCUUUUCAGGUGUGCAAGCCAGGUCCUGCUGCCUCCUCCCUUGCUUGUGGCAUGUGCCUGGAAGUCAUCUGCUCUGCCCUGGAGGAGUGUGCCUCUGCAUGGGAGUGCUUGGGGGGCUUGAGAGGGGAGCUGUGCGCGCAGGGAGGCUGGCCCAGUGAUGUGGCUGAGGAGUCGUGAGUGGAGGGACCUGCCUGGAGUCCCCUGACCCUCCGCCCCAUGAUCCUGAGGAGCUGCAGGUAGGGAGAGAUGUCCCUCCCCGAGUCACCUGGCAGGGGAACUGUAGCAUGCUCAGACCUCUCCUUGUCUGGGUGGGGCGAACCAGCGUCUUCCCCUGGUCCAUGGGGUGGCAAUCCUGGUGUGUGGUAGUCCUGUGCUCUGUUGGACUGCUGUUGGGGGAAAUGUCCCCACACCUUGUCUCCAGUCCCUGCAGUGGUAACCAGGAGAGGGGACAUUUGUGGGGGUGAAUCUCUGGGGCUUUGCGGCUGCUCCAGGUGGUAGUGGGCUUGCAAGCUACCUAGAUGGCCAAGUCAACAGACUAGCUGCAGAAAAAAUAAGUGGCCUCAUGUGGCAUAGGAGCUGAAGAAAGGGAGGACUGGAGGCAUGUGGUGGCUUGUCUAGGGGUGUGUGUCUGUGUGUGUGUGGUGUCUUAUGGUGGGGGUUUCCACUUCCUCAGUGUCCUAGGUGGCAGUAGAGGCAAAUCAGCGGAGCAGUUAGUUAGCUAGUUGAUGCCAGGCAUAAGGUGUGUUGUCUCCACCCCAGAAGUCCCAGCAGCAAGUGCUCCUGGGCAGCACUGCUCUGGCCAUAGAGUUGGGUGGUGAGGUGUUGAGGACUGGGGGUAGUUAGUCAGUGAGGCAGUAGGAGGGAAAAGACAGGGAAGGGCAAGGGAGGAGCUGCGGCUGAGAGCUGUGGAAGAGGGCAGCUGGUGUUAUUUCCCAAAGUGAGGUGUUGUGCAGCACUGUCAGUGCCCAGGUGUCCAUCAGGCAGCAGCCGUGGGGUGGGUAGCUAGCGGGCUCCUCUGUUGGGGAGGAAAGAGUUGUGUUGUGGUUGCUUUUUACUGGUUUUUCUCCCCUUGUGCUCUCCCCCUGGCACCUCCCUGUCUGAGAACUGGGCAUGGCUGGGCACCUCCCUGUCUCGAGUCGGCUGGGUAGUGUGGUGGGUGCCCGCUCUGGGGAGCAGCCCCAAGCCUGGGCAUGGCUGAGUGGCCUGGGUGUCUGUGUACUCGUGGGUGUGUUAGUGCAGCCUGGUCUCCAUGUGUGCAGUGGCUCUGUGCAGGUGGGGUGGUGCCUGUGUGAGUGUGUGUGCUUCCACUCCUCUCUGUGCCUAGUCCUCGUGCAAUGUGGAUCAGUGGAGCACUCUGAGGGGGCCUUAGAUGGUACGUCCAAUCCCACUAGCAGAGACGGUUCUUCCCCUGUGCAGUGCACUGGGCUUGGAGGGGGCUGACAGUCAGGCCUUGGUGCUGCGUCCAGCAGUGCAAGUGCCGUCCAGCCCCCGGAGGGGUCCCAAAGUGCAGAAUGAGGGGAAGGCCAGAGGGCCUGGCUUACUAGGGGCUGUCUCCUGAGGCAUGUGUUGGGACCUGCUGUGAGCCCCCUGGGCCUGAGGCCUGAUCUCCCUCUCCCCAGUGAGUCCCAGGAUCUUGGUGAUUGUUGGCUGCAGAUGCCGGAAACUCUCUUGGGUGACUUGUGUCCAAAGAAGCAGCCUCCAUACCUCCUUGUACUGCGUGCAAUCAAUAAAGCGAUUCCCUCCAGCAA